CCUCUUAUUUGGAGAGAGAGUGGAAAUCAUCAAAUGUUGUGGGUUGUAGGUCAUGAUCAAAAGCCUAUCUGAUGAUUUCUCAUUUUUUUACUUUAAACUUUUUUGUAUUAUAUCCUUUGGCAUACACUAUCUUCCUUCUAGGUUUGGUUUCAUAGGUUGCAGUUUAUUGUUGGGUUGUUAAAAGAACAAUUCUUAGAAAGUAAAACCAAGACAUUUUUCUUCCUUCCACUCUCUCCCUCUAUUUCUCUACACCAAAUAUAUAUCCCUCUUUUUACAACAGCCCCAACCUACUUACUCUUCCAUACCUGGUAAUUCUCUCUCUCUCUCUGAGGAAAGACAGAUGCACGUAAUAAGCAAUAAAGAUUCAAACUUUUGAGUCCAAGAACCACGAUGAUCAUUGAACAAGAAAGAUAGCAAUCACAACAAGAGAAGAUCAAUGGCUUGCACCAGCGAGGAGGAGAAACCAAGAGACAUGACCUAUUGCUUCUCCUCCUUCGCCUUUGAGCCGACGCCAGAGAUCUACUCCGGCGUCGACAUGAUAGGGUUUCCACCCAAGAAUUUGCACCAACACGGCUUCGGUGCAUCAAACGACGCCUUGAUGGCCUCAUCCUAUCAACACAACAACAGAUCAGUGAUCGAUCCAUCUCUGAUGAGAUGUGUCUUCACCUGCGAAGGAAACGAAAGGCCGAGCCAAGGCCUUUCGCUCUCCCUCACCUCCUCCGACCCUUCCACCAUCGCGUUGCAGCCGUUCGAGCUCCGCCACCACGACGAUCUGAGAUUCGGGCCGUCGAGCUCUAGAUCGGUGAAUUUCGAGCAACCCCCGUCCCCGGGAUACUCCCAUGUCAAGAAAUCGAAGUAUUUGGGGCCCGCGCAGGAGCUUCUAUCCGAAUUCUGCAAUCUCGGAAUCAAUCAACUCAAGAUGAAGCAUUCAAAACGCAGCGAGCCCACCGCCGACGAUGAGAAGCAGCCGCCUCCGCCGCUCUUCUCCUUCGACCUCCUCGAGCUGCAGAGAAGGAAAACCAAUCUCCUCCAAAUGUUGGACGAGGUGGACAGGAGGUACAAGCACUACUGCGAACAAAUGAAGUGCGUGACGUCAUCGUUCGAGGCGGUGGCCGGAAGCGGAUCCGCGGCGGCGUACUCGGCUCUCGCGGCGAAGGCGAUGUCGCGGCAUUUCCGGAGCCUGAGAGACAGCAUCGUCAACGAGAUAAAGAAUACGAAGAAAGGCAUGGGAGAGAAGGACGCGGCCGCGGGACUCGGGGAGACGCCGCGGCUGCGCCUCCUCGACCAGACGCUGAGGCAGCAGAAGGCGCGGCAGCAGAUGAACGCGAUGGAGAACCACCCGUGGCGGCCCCAGCGCGGCCUCCCCGAGAGAGCCGUGUCUGUCCUCCGUGCCUGGCUCUUCGAACACUUCCUCCACCCGUAUCCGAGUGAUGUAGAUAAGCACAUUCUAGCCCGCCAAACGGGUCUCUCGAGAAGCCAGGUCUCGAAUUGGUUCAUCAACGCGAGAGUGAGGCUAUGGAAACCCAUGGUGGAGGAGAUGUACUUAGAAGAGCUGAAAGAGAAACCCACCGCAGAUUCCGACGAACAUAACCAGAUACCGGACACAAAGCCGAGCCACGAGCAGCUAGUGCGAAGUGAUUCCGAGUACCUAUCUUCAAUAAUCAACAAUGAUCCCAAAAAGGGGAAAACCCUCCAAAACGAGCAGCAUCAUUUCGGCGAUUCCUACGGCGCGAUGGAGCUUGAUUUCUCGUCCUAUUCCACCGGCAGCGUGUCGCUGACGCUGGGGCUGCACCAGCGUCGCGAAGGUGAAGGCGAAGGCGGAGGGCUCAGCCUGGCGUUCGCGGCGCCGGCGCAGAGCUCGCUUUUUUACCCUAGGGAUCAAAAUCAAAUGGAGGAGUGCCAAACGGCGCCGUUUUCGAUCUUGGAUAGUGAAAAUCAGAGCUUGCAGUACCGGAAUUUGAUGGGAGCGCAGCUGCUUCAUGACUUAGCUGGAUGAAUUCAUCAGAAUAUAUAAUGGAUUUUUGUGGUGAAGUUAAGAGAGAAUUUGGUGGGUUGAUGGUGAUGGAGAAACCUAUAUAUUGUGACAUGUUGUAUACAUAAAAUACUGGGAUAGGAAACAUUUAUCUGCAAUUUGGAGUUAGGUACACAUUUGAGAUAUUUGCUUAUAUACAUAUUGCUACCAAGCUGAUGAACAGACCCGUAAAGGGAAUUCUAUUA